CACUCCCAUUUCACUAGGGCCCACCAGCGGUGGUUUGGCAUUGACGGCCACGGCUGCUACUGCCACUGCUACUGCCAUGGCCACCGCUGCAGCAGUGGCUGUGAAUGCGGGUGGCAGUAGCAGCAGCAGCGGCCUUGCGGAGGCUGUAGCAGUCCUAGGGCUGGAUGGUUUGGAUGCUGAGCUGGUCGGCUGCCUUCACCAAGCCAAUGAUGUGAUCAUGGUGCCAUCAGCUCAGGGGAACGAUGAAGAGGAAUCAAAACGUGAGCACCAUCAUAUGUAGGAUCAGGAUGAACCUACCUAUGGGAUUGCUCUGGCAGGUGGCGGGGGUCGCUUCCUUGUUGAAAGCAAGCAGAUGAAUAUGAGCCAGGGUGGCCUGUAAUGCGGAUUACAAAAGCACUUAUACACAUCAAUAUAAACGACAUCAUAUAAUGUGACACUAAUUAUUUAACCUGGUUUGCACACAAGAUGCACACACACACACACGCACAACACAUACCUUUGAAGAAGGCUACCCGGACCGGAGGCAGGCAGACCUUUAAACUGCAAAAUCCACUGAGUGUGGAUGAAGAGAUGUCAUCUAAGCACCUAUCUACUAAAUAGAAAUGGAUGUCGAAGAAAUUGGUGCCAAUUCAUCUUUUCCAUCAUGCCCUUGACAGGUAUGGGGAUUUGUGAUGUUGCAGGUACACGCUAACCUGGCCUGGUCUGUGCCAGUGCUGAGGCAGCGGUGCAGCACUGCAAGUGUUUGGGAGCACAAUAGGGUGGUGUGUUGGGUAGGUGGUGAACUGGGGGUGGGGUAGGGUGGCUUGGCUUGGCUCGGGUGGUGUAUGGUGAGGUGACGUGAGGGGCAGGGGUCAUAUCUUGUUUUAGGGGUUUUGGGGGUUUUGGGUUUUUCGAGUCUUGAUGUCUAGCUCCAGACAAAAAUGGCCAGGUAGCCGCCAUCUUUUAUCUGGGCGCAUGGCGGUUUGGGGGCUUAUCCAUAGGAAUUUCAACAAACCCCCCCCCCCCAAACCCGGGCCAACAAAGUCUCACCCCAGACAUUAGCCCCUGGGAGGAAUGCCUAUGAAAUUGCCAAAAGGGCGGAUUGGUGUCUGGAGACAUUAAGAAAAUAGGAGCCCUGAGGUGGGUCAGUGUUCAUAAUUUCCAUAAACACUGUAGAAUUUGCCCCAAAUCUGCCGAAGGUGGAGAAAAGUAUUGGGAUUCGUAGGCGCAUUUCUAUGGACUGUAGAUGAUUUGGCACAGAUUUGGUGGUAUCUCAAGAUAUUUUGGGGUGUAUGGGGGCCUUGCCCCCUAACUAGGGAAAAUCUUUUAGGUGUAGAUGCCGCAGUAGAGAUAAUAUACACUCUGUAGACACCGCGGGCCUGAGGGCAUCCACAAGAUACAGGCACUGGCGGGUAUUUAAUUCUGAUUUCAACAUAACCACAAUGAUGGCUUGGGUGGGAUACUAGGGAAAAGUAGGGUGGAAUGUACUAGUGUUCAUUCAUCAGUUUGUCAUUCUUGCGUGUGGUGUAUUAUAAUGAAAAUAUCACCAAAACUUAAUAUCACCUGCAACAAUUUUGCCAGCAUGGCACGCAUGCAGGCACGCAAGGAAGGGUUGACACGCUGGGCCCGGACCUUAGCUGUCAGCUCAUCCAGUUGUGUUGCUGCACCGAAUGUAGCUUGCACGCCAGUUUCAGGGUUGACAAUACCGGUACCUUGUUGUACCAAGCAAGGUUUUGGAGGGUGUGGGGGCCCCUCCAUGGGCUCCGUCCCGGAGGCCGCCAUACUUGAGUGACUUGAGAACAUUCAAACAUUGCAACACCCUUCCAAAAGUAAAAACCCCA